GACACGAGUCUUCUGUCUUUCUCUCUCCUCUCUCAAGCCUUUUGCCUCUUUCCCUUUAUAGCCACCCUUUAUGCCAUCAUUCUUCCUGCGUUGUAAUCUCUCUGUUACACCCAAACCCUUUCUCUCUUGCUUCACAGAUCUGUGUCCUUUAAUAACUAUGGAAGGGGCAAGCGACGGUGCAGCAGCAGCAGCAGCAGCAGCAGCAGCAGCAGCAGCAGCAGCAGCAGCAGCAGCAUGUUCAAACAAGAGUAGAAGUGAUAGUAACAAGUCCCAAAGCGAAUUGGGAAAUGAAGGCAGCUCAAGCAACAGCACAAUUGAAGAGAACGAUGAGCAGCAAAAGAAGCCCACCGUGAGGCCCUAUGUCAGAUCCAAACUCCCACGACUCCGCUGGACCCCCGAUCUCCACUUCCGCUUCCUUCAUGCCGUCCAAUCACUCGGCGGACAACAAAAUGCUACACCCAAGUUGGUUCUUCAAUUAAUGAACAUCAAAGGACUAAGCAUCGCCCAUGUCAAGAGCCAUCUCCAGAUGUAUCGAAGCAAGAAGACCAAUGAAAUGACAACAGUGGCAGAUCAAAGGGUUCUAAUGUCUCAAACUAGUGAUCACAACAUAUUCACUGUCAGCCAAAUCCCCAUGUUCCAACGCCAUAACCAAACCUAUCCUUCUAAUAUUUUCCGAUUCGGUAGCCAUUCAUGGAGUGCUCAUGAGAACAAAACAACACAAACCCUUUACACCGGGAAGCCCUCAGCAUUGAGUGAAGCGAGAUCGAGGGAAUUCAGCACGAGCACGGUCGGUGAACGGAACACGAGAAUGAGGAAAGGGGAAGAAGAAAUAGACUUGAGUUUAUCGCUAAAGAUUGCAGCAAGAGAGGAGAUGAAGAUUGAGAAGAGAAGGAGGAUAGAACAAGAAGCUUUAGAAGAUAGAACUGAUUUGUCUCUAUCUUUGUGCUCAUUUCAUUCAAAAUCUCCUUAGCAAAAGAAGAGGAGGCUAAAGAGAGAGUAAGUACUCUGGAUCUGACUAUAUGAAUUCAACACAUCAGAUUCUAAGUGAGAUGUGAAGUACUUAUUUCCCGAUUUGUACCUAAUUUGUCUAAGAUAGAAACAAUAAAUGUUCGUAAUGGUAUGAUAUUGUCCCAUUUUAUGCAGAAACUUUCAUUGUCUUGCUGCUCAUUCUCUCAAAAAUAUCAUACCAACAAAAAUAAUGUCAUUUAGUUAUUGUAAUAA